CUCCGCUACAGCACACACAAACCAGAGAGACCACACCAGAAGGAGAUCGGCCGCCCAGUUAAAAAAAAAAGGAGAUCGGCCGCCGGAGAUGGGCGCGAGCCUCCUGCAGGCGGUGGCGGCGCUGGUGAGCACGUGCACGCGGCGGCUGCAGCGGGCGGCGAGGAGGAUGGGCAGCGGCAGGCCGGCCGUGGCGCCGUGGAGGAAGGCCUUCUCGCUGCCGACGGGCAAGGGGAAGGCCGCGGCGGGGCCGGAGGAGGAGGACGGGCUGUGGAGGAAGGAGAUACUCAUGGGGGAGCGCUGCCAGCCGCUGGAGUUCUCCGGGGUCAUCUACUACGACGCCGACGGACACCGCCUCGCGCAGCCGCCCCGCUCGCCCAUGCGCAGCCCGCUCCCGGCGUCCUUCAAGCUCGCCGCCAACGCCGGCGUCCGUUAGCUAGCGUCCGUGCGGAGGCGCUCCUCCUCGUCGUCCUCCUUCCUUGGGCCGAGCAGAGCGGAAAGAUGGCGAAGCUUGCUCUGUUUUUUGUCCGGUGAGAGAGGCAGAGUGUUCGUGUAUAUGUUGCUUCUUCUUAGUGCUUUGUUUGUUUUUCGUUUUUACUGGUAUUGUAAUGAUAAUAGGAAUUAUAAACUACAGUACUUUUCUGCAAAACUUGGUGUUGCCUGCCUAUGCAAUUUUCUUUGAUUGCAAAACUAGGUGCUCUGCUUGUGGGAGUUGAUCAGCUAGGCAAAUUAUUCCAUGGAGAA